AGUGAAGCCCUACUUCCACUCAAAAUGAUGGAAUUCCUGCUCGUCCGGCUUGUUCCCCUGUACAAACGGCGCAGUCCACAAAGAGUCUCUACUAGCGAUUCCCACAGAGGUCGGCCUUCUUGAGAUGCGACGGGCGAAUCACUACGUCUUUGAUAACACACCUUUUACCGUCCAUCUUGAACAAACCCAUUGGGGUUUCACGAUGUUCCGCCGUCUAAGAGGCUUUGGCAAGAGCCUAUUGGUUGACACGCUCAAAUGUCAUCACGGGAUAGCGUUUGCGGACUCCCUAGAGGAAACAUUUGAGGGAUUGCACAACGGGAACAAGGAUGUUCACAAGAUGGUUCCUCUUUCUAGAUGGUUCGUUCUGAGAUUCAAUCUGUCACCGUUGACCGGCCACGGCGAUUCUGCAGUCCAGUCAUUCUAUAAUGAUCUUCUCGUUGGACUCAGCAGUUCUGGUGGUUGCAAGCUUUCGUGCAAUUCUCCCGCAUAUACUUCGAUACCAGGUUGGACGUGCUCCGGAAGGCUGCAUGCAAAUAAUUUCUGCUGACAGCUUCCCCUGGACGGCGAUACAGGAAAUUAGCAGGAGCUUGAAGCCAUCUCCUUGUCAAUGGGUUUACGUUCUUCUUGACCUGGAAGAUGACUACGGCAUAAAUUACUACCUCCAGCACCACGUAAAAGAUGAUAUCCUUUGGCAAAGAACACCACUUGGUUUGGCGAUGGAACAUUUUUGGAGUUUGAUCAAGCUAAACCAAGAAGAAGGCUUUACUGACGGUGUUUUCGUAAUGGGAGUCAUGCCUGUAGCAACAACCGAUGGAAUCAUCCUGGGCAACAUCUCUUUCCAUCCCGAGUUUUGCUGGCUUUGUGGGCCAAGCAACCCAGUUGUUUCCGUCGCUAUGGAUAAGAUGGGUUUUGAAAGCAAUAGUUUACUAAAGACGUUUGGCGAAGUGUACACCGAUGGAUAUCACUGUUCACUCAGUAUACUCAGGUGACGCCGGCCUUCAAUACCGGCACUUGCUUGGCUGCCAUACAAAACUUCGACA